CCGGCCGCACUAUUUGGCCUUGGUGCCUAGGGUCUCUGACUCUGGACUCCGGGUGCUCCGGGAGGAAGUCCGAAUUCCCAACGGCCGUGACCCUGACCCUGAGCAGACGCAAAGAGAUUGAAGGCCAUGGGGCAAAGGUGAAACAAUGAGUCACAGGUGCCUCCUUUCCAGGGCUGCAAGAUGGAGAAUGGCGGGGACCCAGGAGGCCUGAUUAAGGUGGUCCAUCUUCUGGUCUUGUCAGGUGCCUGGGGCAUGCAAAUGUGGGUGACCUUCGCCUCAGGCUUCCUGCUUUUCCGAAACCUUCCCCGACAUACCUUCGGCCUCGUGCAGAGCAAACUCUUCCCUUUCUACUUUUAUAUCUCCAUGGGCUGUGCCAUCAUCAAUCUUUGCAUCUUAGCUCCACAACGUGCCUGGGUUCAGCUUACGUUCUGGGAGGCCAGCCAGCUCUGCCUAUUGCUUCUGAGCCUCAUGCUGGCCACCAUCAACGCCCACUGGCUGGAACCCCGCACCACUGCUGCCAUGUGGGCCCUACAGACGGUGGAGAAGGAGCGGGGCCUGGGUGGGGAGGUGCCAGGCAGCCACCAGGGCCCUGACCCCUACCGCCAGCUGCGGGAGAAGGACCCCAAAUACAGUGCUCUCCGAAAGACCUUCUUCCACUACCAUGGCCUCUCCUCUCUUUGCAAUCUGGGCUGCCUCUUGAGCAAUGGGCUAUGCCUGGCCGGCCUCGCCCUGAACCUCAGGAGCCUGUAGGGUGGGCCCUCCAUGUUAAUAAACGCCUCUUCCAAAAA